UGUACAAUAUAUAUACACACGCAUAAAUAACUAGGAAAAAUUCUUACAUAGCGAGAGACAUGGGAAUGGAAGAAAGCGAUGAAGAACCGCCGCAGCUCUUGUUGCGGAAGCGGCUGAAGUGCGGUGACGCAGACGACAUGGAGGAGGACAGCGAGGAGGAGGUGGCUCCACAAGUGGCUGACAGAUUUUUCUACUCCCCGGCGGCGGUGCCGACGUCGAUCGUGGUGUCGGAUGCGAUGGAACUGGACUUUCCGAUCAUAUACGUCAACACCGUCUUUGAAUUGUCCACUGGAUUUCGCGCCGACGAAGUCCUUGGUCGCAACUGUCGCUUCCUGCAAUUUAGAGAUCCUCGUGCCAAGAGACGACACCCUUUGGUGGAUCCAGUUGUUGUUUCUGAGAUCAGAAGAUGCCUUGAGGAAGGUGUUGAAUUUCAAGGAGAGCUCCUUAACUUCAGGAAAGAUGGUACUCCCUUAGUGAACAGGCUAAGGCUUAUGCCAAUUCAUAGUGAUGAUGGUAUGGUAACACAUGUCAUAGGUAUCCAGAUAUUUUCUGAAGCAAAACUAGACCUAAAUAAUGUAUCUUAUCCAGUUUUCAAAGAAACCUGUCAGCAGCAAAGUGACUUGUCAGUUGAAUCAUUCCGAGUGGGUGGACAUUUACAACGUAUCCAGCGUCUGGAAGUAUGUGGGCUUCUUCAGCUAUCUGAUGAAGUAAUAGCUCAAAAUAUUUUGUCACGCUUGACGCCAAGGGAUGUUGCAUCAAUUGGGUCUGUGUGCAGAAGGAUUCGGCAAUUAACUAAGAAUGAGCAUGUAAGGAAAAUGGUGUGUCAAAAUGCAUGGGGAAGAGACGUCACAGGCGCACUAGAAUUGAUGACCAAAAAGUUAGGAUGGGGACGUUUGGCUAGGGAACUCACAACACUAGAAGCAAUUUGCUGGAAGAAAUUGACUGUUGGAGGUGCGGUAGAGCCUUCACGUUGCAAUUUUAGUGCAUGUGCUGCAGGAAAUCGACUGGUCUUGUUUGGAGGAGAAGGAGUCAAUAUGCAGCCGAUGGAUGACACAUUUGUCCUUAAUCUUGAUGCAGCAAACCCAGAGUGGCGUAGGGUGAGUGUUAAAUCGUCUCCUCCAGGGCGGUGGGGCCACACACUCUCAUGCCUGAAUGGUUCUUGGUUGGUGGUCUUUGGUGGCUGUGGGAGGCAAGGAUUGCUCAAUGAUGUAUUUGUCCUCGACUUGGAUGCCAAGCAGCCAACAUGGAAAGAAGUCUCAGGUGGAACUCCCCCAUUGCCUCGAUCUUGGCACAGUUCUUGUACACUGGAAGGCUCUAAGUUAGUUGUCUCAGGUGGCUGCACAGAUGCAGGAGUGCUUCUCAGUGAUACAUUUUUGUUGGAUCUGAACAUGGAGAAACCCACGUGGAAAGAGAUACCAACAUCCUGGACUCCACCAUCUAGAUUAGGACACUCACUCUCUGUCUAUGGACGGACAAAAAUACUGAUGUUUGGUGGCCUUGCAAAGACCGGUCACUUACAGUUGCGGUCAGGGGAGGCAUAUACCAUUGAUCUGGAGAAUGAAAAGCCACAGUGGAGGCAGCUUGAAUGCGGUGCAUUGACAGGUGUCGGGAGUCAAAAUGCUGUGGUUCCACCACCUAGACUCGAUCAUGUUGCUGUAACAAUGCCUUGUGGGAGGAUAAUUGUCUUUGGUGGCUCAAUAGCUGGUCUUCAUUCUCCUUCACAGCUGUUUUUGUUGGAUCCUAGUGAAGACAAACCAUCAUGGAGGACUCUUAAUGUCCCAGGGCAGCCUCCAAAGUUUGCUUGGGGUCAUAGUACUUGCAUCGUUGGGGGAACCAGGGUUUUGGUCCUCGGGGGCCACACUGGGGAAGAAUGGAUUCUCAAUGAAUUGCAUGAGUUGUGCAUAGCAAGCAGGCAGGAUUCUGAUUCAUGAGCGCACAGAAGGGCUCGACGGGGAAGAUCUGUUUUGAGUUUGGCCAUGGUAGUCAGUUUCCAUAUGUUAAAUCUUAUUAUGUGAUAUUUACUAUCAUCUAAAUUUUUUACGCUUUUUGUUUGUAGGACUGCUGUCGUAUUUGUACAUACGUUAUUUACCGGUGUGUUGUUUUUAAUGACUAGUUUUAUUGAGGCAGAUUAUUGUCGUUCUCUGGGUUUCCAUAAAGAGUCAAACAUGAGACAUCAGCAUGUAUUUUCUCCUUAAUAUGCUGGUUGGUGAUUUCAUACAA